CCGAUUUCGAGCACGACGAUUCAACGACAAACUCGACCAGCUUCUUACGAUGUCCGCCGUCUUAGAAGCCACCAGACCCGCGGGUCAAACCAAGACCUUCGGAAAGUCAACCAGAGAGGUUCCUCACCACUCUCAGAAGGCCCGCAAGUUUUAUCCUGCGGACGACGAGGCCGUCGCAAGAAAGGUCCGCAAAACCAUCCGAACCUCUUUUCCUCGCGCUUCCCUCACCCCUGGUACCAUCCUCAUCCUCCUCGCUGGCCGAUUCCGUGGCAAGCGUGUUGUCCUCCUGAACACACUCGACCAAGGCGUUCUCCUCGUCACUGGCCCAUUCAAGAUCAACGGUGUCCCUCUCCGCAGAGUCAACGCCCGCUACGUUAUCGCCACUUCCCAGAAGAUUGAUCUCGCCGGUGUCGACACAAAGAAGAUUGAGGAGGCCUCCGACGCAAAGUACUUCGUGGCCGCCAAGGGUGAGAAGAAGAGUUCAGAGGACGCUUUCUUCGCACAGGGAGAGAAGGCAGAGAAGAAGAAGCCAUCUACCAGCCGCGCCGCAGACCAGAAGUCCAUCGACAAGGCUUUGUUGUCUACCAUCAAGAAGGAGCCAAUGCUCGCCGCAUACCUCAGCAGCAGCUUCAGCUUGCGAAAGGGUGACCGGCCACACGAGAUGGCUUGGUAAAGCAAUCGUCUUUUUCGUGGGGGCAGGCAGGCAAUCGUGGGUUAGACCAUCGGAUGUGGGUAGGGAUUGACAAGUCGCAUCGUGCAUUUGGCCUUGGGGCAAUGGUAUUUGCUAUGGGCGCUUUGUAAUCAGAUUUGCAAUUACGAAACGACAUCACAAAGCAAAAAAGACACAAAAUGGGCAUCAGGAGUUUCGAGUGAUGGUAUGUUUUGGGGUUUUGAGUGAUCUAAUGAACAGUUUGAAAAUCACCCAUACAUUUCCUCUCGCAUAUUGCACAGUCCCACAACACGUCUACUAACGACCAGCAACGCGUCCCAACUUGUCAACAUCAGCAAAGAAAUUCAUCACCAUACUAAAAAGUAAGCAAGUCCCUUUUUACUCUUCUCCACCUCAGCACAAACCCUCCCCAAGCCCGAUAUGAUGAAAGAAUUUCGGAUGUUAAAUCAUAAUACCUCCGAGAGCGCAAACCCCAUGUGGAGAUUUUCCGUUGCCUUCCUUCUGAUCCAAGCUACUUCUUCAAACACAACAUUCAACCAAGUUGGGAGACAAGUUUACUGACUUUGGUUCUUAUAGAAUUCGAUUCCGGAUCGUGUGAUUGAUGACGUGAUUGGAGGAGACUUGAUAGGAUGUUUGGAGUGAAGAGUGAUUGAUUUAUGCUAUGCUGUGCUUGGCCUCUGAGCAUUUAUUAGCUCGCCAUAGCGGCCGUUGGAGCUGCAAUGAAAGCUCCUUUCCUAUCCCUCAAUCAAAUGACCAUCUUCUCCACUA